ACACUUGUGCCUCAAUUGCCCGUGCUUCUCCCCCCCCGCCGAUCCUUUAAACAUCAAAGUCAUCCCCACCCCCUCAUACUAAAUGCCUCCCUUCAUUUCUUACACCACCCUCCACUAUCAACUCACAGAGAGCCCCUACCCCAUGCAAAAUUUUCCCGAGUACCUGGUGGGGCUGGAGAGCAUGGAGCCGCUACCGCAAGCUGAGGAGGAUGCGUGGGAAUUGCGCCGCGCGCUGUAUCGAUCGGUGGUGCUGGGCAUGUUCCGGUUUUCCAUGUCGUACGACGAUCACAACAUCGUCGAGAACCUGCAGGUGUACUACGUCAUCUCGAGGCCUAAGCCGGAGAAGGAGGGCACAGUGGCAUUAUACCCGUUCGGGGAGAUCGGGACAAGCAGGCUGGGACUUAUGAAGCUCAUUCAUAUCGAGUUGCUGUCUAUCGCGCAAGUGAUCGCCAGCGAAGAAGAGGAUUUCCAACUCCGCCUGCGAACAACAUCGGCUGCACGGCGAUCUUACCACGCGGCGGUAAUACCGGACUAUAUCGCGCGGGAGGGGGGAAAGGUGGUGAGCAUUGCGGAUCGAAAGUCGUUGCGGCCUCCCUCAUCCUACCCCAAGCCAGUAGGCCCGAGGGCCCUCAGGAAGACGCCCAAGAAGAGACGUCGCCAGCCAUCGCCGGAAGCGCAAGGAAGCCGAGUGGGACCGGUAGAAGAGGUGGACAAGGUCGGGUGGGUGCAGAAGCCAGAUCUCGUUCCAGAGAGCAAGGCGACACCGAUCGAGGGACUUUCGUCGAGGGAAGUAGCAGAAACAAGCAGAUUUCGGAUACGCGGGAACCCUCCGGAGCCAACACCUCAGUCGCCGCUCCUUCCCGACCUGAAUCUUGAUGGAGUCGGCCCAUCAGCACCAGCAUGAGGAGGAGGAGUGGGAAAAGUACCAUAUCCCGCAGCCGAACCCCCCUUCCUCGCAGGACCUUUCCGCUGUCGCCAGCCACCCAGGC